AUGAUGGCCAUGAAGAUGAUCCAGCUCAGCUCCAAAACACACCACCAGAAUAUCCUGAACACCCUGCACCACCUGAGGCUGCAGGGACACUUGAGUGACAUCACGGUCCGGGUUGACUACCAGGACCACGCGCAGACCUUUCAGGCUCAUCGGGUGGUUCUCGCAGCUUCUAGCGAUUACUUCAGGAACAUCUUUCUAUCACUGGAUGCCACCCCUGACCAGAUCACGUUCUCCAACAUGCAUCCAUGUGACUUUUCUGACUUUUUGGAGUUUGUGUACACGGGUAAGGCGGAAGUGGCUCAGAGCAGGAUGGAGGACAUGCAAGCGGCCGCCAAGAUUUUGAAAUGUGAGGAGCUGGCCAGAGUUUUCGGCAUAAAUCAUACUACACAGUCAGAUGUGGUAGAGGAGUCAUCACCAGCGACCGAGACUGGCAUAAAGAAGCCGCAAAAUAGUCAACUGCCUCCGGAGAACUCUGAGUGCCUUCCCAAAAGAUCCAUAAGGAAGAGCACCAGACUCAAAUGGUGCAGCCCAAUUGAAGAUGAGGCAUUUAAUACUGACGAGGACAAUGACAACACCACAUAUGCAUCCUCACCUCACUUUGAUAAGGACACGCAGAGUCUAAACGACACCGAGGAAACAGUGCUGGUGUCCGGAGGCGAGGACAAGGAUGAGAGUGGCAUGGUGUCCAAGAGAACAUCCAAGAGGAAGUUCGUGUGCAGUGACUGUCAGCGGAGCUUCCUCUACGAGCGGAGCUACCGGAAUCACGUGAGCACCUGCCAAGGAGUGAAAGCCGAGCUGGUGUUUCGCUGCGAGACCUGCAUGAAGACCUUCUCCAACCGCAAAAAUUUGAAGAUCCACGAGAAGCACGUUCACAGCAGCGAACGGCUCUUCACCUGCGAUGUCUGCGCCAAGACCUUCAAGCGCAAGAAGGACAUGGUUCGCCACCAAAAACAGGUGCAUGAUCCACCUACGCACCAGUGCUCUGAAUGUGGCAAGAAAUAUAGCUCCAAAGCAUCACUCAUGUUGCACAAGCGGACGCAUAGGGGCACCAAGGCCUUUAUCUGCACGGAGUGCGGUUCCCGCUUCACCCAGAAGUCGGCUCUCAACAUGCACCAAAGCACCUGCCAGGCACUCAAAGGUGAGCUGGUCCAUCAAUGCAAGACCUGCAUGAACACUUUCGCCAACCGCGGCAACCUGAGGAUCCAUGAGAAGCACGUUCACAGCAGUGAACGGCUCUUCGCCUGCGAUGUCUGCGCCAAGACCUUCAAGCGCAAGAAGGAUGUGACCCGCCACAAAAAACUGGUGCAUGAUGGUCCACAUAUGCAGCAGUGUUCUGAAUGUGGCAAGUGGUUGAGGUCCAAAGCAUCGCUCACGUGUCACAUGCGGAUUCAUAAUGGCAUCAAGAACUAUGUUUGCAUUAAGUGCGGUUCCCGCUUCACCCAGAAGUCGGCUCUCAACAAGCACGAAAGGACCCACACGGAUGAGAAGCCCUUCGCCUGCGACAUCUGUGACGCCCGCUUCACACAGAAACACUCACUGGCCUAUCACAAACGCUCCCACACGGGUGAGAAGCCUUAUAAGUGCGAGACCUGCGGGAAGGGCUUCUCAGCCAAGGAGUACCUGCGCCACCACGCCAACGUCCACACGGGCGCCAAGCCGUUCAAGUGCAAGUACUGCGGCCACAGCUUCGGUCAGAGGAACUCGCUACGGCAGCAUUUGAUGGUGCACACAGGUGAACGUCCUUACGCCUGCGAUGACUGCGAUAAGCAUUUUGCGCAGCUCCACGCACUUCAGCGGCACCAGCGCAUCCACACCGGCGAAAAGCCCUACAUGUGUCGGUUGUGCAACCGCACUUUCACCGACACGUCUACUCUUCGCCGUCACACCAAGAUUCAUGACGCCAAUGCUCCGUGGAGGAACUCCCUGGUCGUCUUGAAGGGUAAUGUGGAGAAGGAAUCCAAAGCUCAAGACAACCUCGAGGCUCAGGUGGUAACGUCAGAUGGCAACGACUUCAUCACUUUGGACAGACCUUUUUACAUGCCCGCGGAGGAAAUCUCCACUGAUACCCCCAGCAUGUCAUUCCUGAUGGAAGAGGUCGCCUCGCAAACCUUUCCGGCUCCCCAAGAGGAGGCGGCGCAACCAAACAUUCCGACAGUGGUCGUGUCUGAAAAGAUGUGAAAAAAAGUUUAGAUGUGGCAAAUCCAAGCGAAUCUCUCUGAAAUUUGAAUGAAAAUAAAUACCACUGAAGAAAACAAA